UCUCUCCCACAACUCUACUCGGCAACUGCAUAGCUGGUUGCGAUCAACCCAGCUGUCAAAAUUCUGGGUGCUGUGUGCGCUUGGCUUUAUACCCUCUAUCUUCUAUCUUUUUUGUACAGAUUCAGACGCUUUAUUGCUACAGCUCUGAGACUAUCUCGAUCAGGUAUAUAGGCUCAGCGGUUCAGAUACGACUUUUUUUUUUUUAAAAAAAAUGGCAUCGUUAGAAGCUCUGCCGCAAAAUCUGUUCAACCAGAUCGCCAUCGAGUUGGAGGCAGCCGAUCUGACCACCCUUGCUCUCGCGAGCCGCAGGCUUCAUAGAUUGGCCAGCUGCGACGAGCUGUGGAUCGAAAAGAUCUCUGCCGACUUUGGCAACCGCACGACUGUCAUUGAUCUGCUGGCUGAUGCCGGCGUCAAUAUCACCGAGCUCGUGACUAACAACCCCAAGAUCACGCCCUGGCAGCUACCAAAGGACUGUCAGCAGGCCGACGACAGCGACAGCGAAAUGGAUGAAUCCGAAUCCGAAUCCGAAUCCGACUCAUACUCCUACACAGGCAGCGGGCUGCGCUGCUACCGCGAUCGCUUUAUCAAGGUGUUCCCGACGUCCAGCGACGAGCUGGUCAACAACACGAAGCGUGCAGAGGCAAUCCUCGACGAGACCAAGCAGCUUCUGCGUGCAGGGCCUGAUGCCGGCAUCGAGAUGUUUGCCGAGGCCGCAUACCGCUUAAUGCUUGUGCAAGAAUACUUCCCCAACUCGGCCGAGUGCUACUAUCUGUGGGCGCUGAUCUGCUUCAUGCUCAACGACUUCAAGCCUUCGCUCAGCCUUCUCGAGAUUGGCCACAUCAUAAACAGCGACUUUGCGCCCAUCAAGGAGCUCACCGCAGAAGUGCGCUCUAUUAUGGAUGGCGCGUAUGGAUCUGGUAGCGACGCCCCAUUGCUCAAUGCGUCUGGCUCCGGCCCGAGCCCACAGCUGGCAAAGGUCCUCGCCAUUAUGUUCCAGCGUCUCGACUCUGAUCGUGACGGCGUGCUGAGCGCGUCCGAGCUGUCAAACAUGGUCAAGAUUACCAACGGCCAGUCGCCCUCAGCUGCCACGAUUUCCCAGAUCGUCCGAGCCUUUGGCGGCCAGGUCCAAACAAAGAGCGGCCGGAAAAUCGCAGGCUGGGACCUCAACUCACUCAUAAACUUUUACGUUGCUCAGACCUUGGACGAUCCCCAGGAAACUCGCGGCGACCUUUCCAAGUUUGGAUUCAACCCGCGGACACUGAAAGCAGAGUGACGUAUCGUCACAAAUGUCAGCAUCAUUUCAAUAGUUUACAACAAAAUACGUCAAUUAAACCAAU